UGUUGAAUAAAACCUAUGGUGUCUGUCUCUCUGUUUGGCGGCCAUAACAGGAAUAGUGUUAUGCCAAGAAGGAAAAUGGAGAAUCAGAUUCCAAAUGGCAAAAGGGCAAUGGAAGAAGAGCUGAACAGAGGGCGUGACAUGGCAAAUCAGUUGCUUGAAGUUCUUGCUUAUGACAAAUCCAUCACUCAUCUUCAAAAGGAAGAAGAAGAAGGGUCAAACUCAGUGUUACCAUUUGUUGAAGAUCUUGUGCGCAAGGUUCUGUGUUCAUUCACGAACACCCUUCUGCUUUUGAACUCCACCAACGAUGUUUCCCAUGAGGUGGUGGCUUCCAUCACUCUCAGAGAUGUCUCUUCUUCCACCACCACUUCCCCAAAGAAGUUGGAGUCUGUGGAUGAAAUUUGCAAGAGUCGCAAAAUUCUCAGCACUGAAAACCGAAGAAGAGGCUACAAGAGAAAAUCAAUUGCUCCAAGUUGGGAGAAGGACAGCUCCAUACUAGUUGAAGAUGGCUAUGUAUGGAGAAAAUAUGGACAGAAAAUGACAUUGAACGCCAAAUACCUCAGGAGCUACUACAGGUGCACUCACAAGAAUGAUCAGGGAUGUCAUGCAAUGAAACAGGUGCAGAGAAUUCAAGAUGUUCCUCCUUUGUACCGAACAACCUAUUACGGCCAUCACACAUGUAAAAGCCCUAUGAAUCCUGAGAUUGUUCUGGAACCUCUUUCUCCUUCUGGAUCUUCCACGUUACUUAGCUUUAGUAACAGCUUUCAUUGCAAACAAGAAAACCCGUUUCCCUCAUCACUACUUGCUUCAACCAAACAUGCUCACAAUCAAUUAUCCUCUCUCGAAGACCUCUUAUUACAUGAUUGUGAAGUUGAUUGCAAUUAUUCUAGGCGUGUGGCUAAUAGCAUGCUAUCAUCUGCUGAAUCCGUUGAAUUUGAGAAUGUUUUUAUGAGCAGUUUGGAUUUUGUUGGCUAGGUAUUUGUUUGUGUCGGUCAACAAAUUCUUUUCUGGGUCGUUUAGAGAGUAAGUUUCAUGAUGUAAUUGAAAAGAGCUUAAUCUGUUGUAUUAUUAGCUAUUUGAUUAGUAAGAAUGUUUUAUUUUAUCCUUAAA